CAUCAUCAUCAACAUAUCAGGAAAAAGCAGCAAUUCCUCCCUCUGCGCUGUAGCAGCUGUGAAAAACAGCAGUGUUGAUUGACAAUCACAAGAGCGCAGUGGAUGCGGUAUAUGGGAAUGCUUCUUUUUUUAUUUUUUUGCAUUUCUUUGCCUUUUUGCCUGUCACGCUCGCACUGACUGACCCGAAAGGAUAUCAGAGAAGAUAGUAACAAACUAAUAGAUUUGUCGUUGAAUGGCAAUUCUACAAAAACAUGGCAAGAACUCUUGUCCUGAUUUGGUUAGUAUUAAAGAGAACCCCGCAGAAAAUUUCGGACAAGCUGGAUCACAGAAGUGGGUAGAGUCGAGUCAGAACUGGACAAGGCCAUUAGCAAGGAUAUGGACAGUGGUGCUCUUGCUGGGGACAUGCCUGCUGUACUGUGCCCGUGUGGCGAUGCCUAUCUGUGCAGUGAGCAUGGCAGAGCGGUUCAGCUGGUCGAAGAGAGAGACAGGCAUGGUGUUGGGCAGCUUCUUCUGGGGCUACUGCUUCACUCAGGUCCUUGGAGGCUAUGUCAGUGACAGGGUGGGAGGAGAGAAAGUGAUGCUGUUGUCAGCAGCAGCAUGGGGAGCAAUGACGGCUUUCACGCCAAUCUUGGCCCAUUUCUGCUCCCGGCCCAUUGUCUCCAUGACGAUCUCCCGCUUCCUCAUGGGCCUGCUGCAGGGUGUUCAUUACCCCUCUCUGGCCAGCCUAUGCUCUCAGAAGGUUGUGGAAAGUGAGAGGGGCUUCCUCAUGAGCACAGUAGGAAGUGGUUCAUACCUGGGGACUCUGGUGAUAGGAGGUGUAGGCUCUCUCAUGCUGGAUCUGUAUGGCUGGGAGAGUGUGUUCUACGUCUCUGGGCUUCUUUCUGUGUUGUGGGCAUACUGCAUGUGGAAGUAUCUGCUCAAAGGAGAGGGUCCCAUCAUCACGCUGGAGUCUCUGGGUAGCGCUGGGACCCAGUCCAAACUGACCAAGAGAAACUGGCUGCGUCUCUUCAGACAGCCAGCUGUGUGCGCUGUCAUUGUUACACAUUUGUGCACUGCUAGCACCUUCUUCACACUGCUGUCAUGGCUGCCAACGUUUUUCAAUGACACCUUCCCUGAUGCCAAGGGUUGGUUGUUUAACGUGAUCCCAUGGUUUGUGGCCAUCCCCUCUUCCCUAUUUAGUGGCUGCCUCUCUGACCAUCUAAUCAGUCAGGGUUUUGAUACUGCAUCGGUGAGAAAACUCAUGCAGUUCUUCUCUAUGGGUGUAUCCAGUGUGUUUACUCUGUUUCUGUGUGGGACCACUACUUUCCCCACAGCUGUGGCUUUUGUGUCCGCUACUAUGGGCCUCACCACAUUCAGCCACAGUGGGGUUUCUGUGAAUGUUCAAGAUCUCGCUCCAUCCUGUGCAGGAUCUCUGUUUGGGGUAAUGAAUACCUGUGGAGCAUUUACAGGGGUCAUCAUGGUGUAUUUCUCGGGGUAUCUGAUUGAGACCAGUGGUUCCUGGGCGUCAGUUUUCGUCCUCAUCACUGUAGUCAACCUGCUGGGUUUAGGAACAUUUUUAACCUUUGCAGAAGCUCGGAGAGUAGACAUUGAUAUAAUGAAGGGCCAUUACCACAACAUCCACAUUUAAGACCAGAGGAUACCGAAGCACAAUCAGACCUCGGACAAGUACCAUCAUAUGGAUCUUCAGUAUAGUGUGCAUCUGGGUUGGAAAGUGGAGGUUGAUACGAUUCCACCGUCUUUGCUCUAUUAAAAUCAUGUUAUGGCUAUCGGAUGACUUUUUUAAAUACCUCAGUCAUAUACAUAGUAAAAUAUGUAAUCAUCUCUGUCAGUCUCAGACCUCAGUGCUCUCUUCCAUCAAUGGGGGGUAGUGUGGUGAGAGAUUCUAAUGUGUUACAGCAGAUGGGGGCACAAGUGGAGGUUUGUGUCGUUUUGAAGACAGUGACUGUCAUUAGUACUUUGUUGGGAAGACAAUCAAUCGUCUAUGAAGUUGGAGAGGUUAUCUGUUAAGAGUGUUGUUGUUGUUUUUUUUUUUUUGUCAAUGGGGACAUUUUAUCAGUGGCCCUUUUGUGUGGACCAACAUGUAGCACAAUGAAAGAAGAGUAAAAUGAUUGUAUUAUGGUGAAAUAAGCUUUGUUAUGUAGAGAGAAGAGAGAAGUUACAUCUCAAUGGAAGUGAUUUGAACCAAAAAAAUACACUUGGACGCAAGUCAUUGGAGUUUAAUAUUUAGCCUACAAGUGAAUUAUGUUUCGCAAUCAGUUACUAUUUUUGAGCUGAAAUAUACUGAGAGGGUCACAAAUGUAUUGUUUUGAGUUGUUUAUGCAAAAGACUCGUGGAUCAGUUUUUUUUGCUAUAAAUCUCUAAAUUCCUUAUACGCUUUUAAUGAACUUUUAAUGAAUUGCCUAAUGGCACAAGUUAAAUUUAAGAGAAGUUAUUUUCUUCAUUAGUCAUUUUGACUAUUCUGAAUGGGGUAGUCACCUGUCAUAAAACAUAUCCUUGCAGUAAAAAAAACAAUCAAUGGGUUCUUCUAGCUGCCAUUCAUUUUUUCUCUCUCAAAGUUUUCUCUCAAUGUGCUUUAAAAUGUGUGAAAAAAAAAAAGCCGGUUAAAGCUUGAGUUAGUAAUAGAUUACUUUUCUUUGCGAGGGGCUCAAGGAAUUCGUGCAUAAAUGCAUAAGAAAUAUGUUCACAUAGACAUUUUGUGAUUUAAAAUCUUUAUUUUAUACAUAUAUUCAACCACACUGUGUGUAAUAUAUAGAUGAAGAAUUGUAGCCUAUUUCAAAGUAGUUUUAUAUUUUAUUGAUUUAUAUGAUUUUGAGAUUAGGUUGAAAAUGCUUAUAUGAUCAUUUCUUUUCUAAUUUUUAUGUAUAUUGUCUGUUUUCUGUUGUUUCUGUCAUGUGCUCUUGCCAUGAUGGAUUAUCAUUUCAUGCAUAUUUAUGUUAUGUUUCAUUUAAGCAUUUAAAGAAAUAUUCCAGGUUCAAAUAAGUUGAACUACAAAUUUUAAGAUUUAUGAUUUCAUUUAAUACAUUUCUAUCUAAUUGAAUUAAGUAACUUUUAACAAUAUAAAAUUAAAUAUACAAGUUUUAUUUACUUUUGUUAAAAAUCAAUUUAAUUAAAUUUGAUAAAAUUUUGUUAUGAAAUUUAAAUUGCACACACACACACACACACACACACACACACACAUAUAUAUAUAUAUAUAAUAAUUAUAAGCUUCACAUUUCUGCAUUUGAACCCUCCAAAAUUUGGCUACAUUCAAGUGCCUCACUGUAACCUUGAUUUUUUGUUUUUUUUAAGAAGAGUUGAAAUAAAUGUUUUUGGUAAUCAACAGCAUACCACAAAUGGUGUCAAUUGAGCUAACCUUGUAUAGAACCCAGAAUAUUCUUAUAAUGUUGUUUAAUUGAACCUUUCAUGUGUUACUCUUCGUUCCCUGUUCUUUAUCAGACUGUUCUACAUUACAGGAUUAUGAGGGUUUGGUCCAGCAUCACUGCUAACAAUACUUUAUGAAUGAAGAAAUGUUGAAUAUUUAUUAUGCUUACAGCAUAUAUUCUCUUGCUCAAGUAUAACAGACAUCUAGGAAAUAUAAUAGUAAAUAGGAAUUGGUGAAUUAAUGUCACGUCAUGCCAUCCUGAACUUAAAAAGCUACAUUUUACAGAAUGUUGUACUCUUAUUUU